GAAGGAAUUAUGUAUGACGAUGCAGGAAUUGAAGUAGUUAUAGUGGAAAUGAACGUAGAUAACGAAACAUACUCACUUGAAAGCAUUACCAAUUACAAUGAAUACGUGGAUUUGAAACCACCAGAAACACCAGCGAAGCAAGAAUUAGAAACUGUUAUUGAUGAAAAACCUCCAAAAAGAAAAAAUGUAUCACAUCUUGACGCCCGAUAUACGAAUGCACAAAGAACUUUUCUUAGUUUAAUGUAUGAACGAGACAUGUCCGUCCGAGCAGCAGCAAUGGGAUUCAAGAUUGCACCUCGCGCCGCCCGGCGCUGCGUGAAGAAGGACGAAGAUGGUCCUGAU